CGGUAGCUGCCGGUGCGGGACGCGGGCUUCUGGGCCCGAGCUCCGGGGCUGCCCGUAGGGCUCGGGUUCUCCGGGGCCUGCGGGCGGGUCACAGCCCUCCAGUCAUAGACGGCCUUAAAGGGAGGCCGUUGAUACUUGGCCAGGGUGCAGGGACCUGCGUUAUUCAUUGCCCCUUAGAAAGGAGAGUUGCAGCCUGCCCGGCUCUGGAGGGGAUGGUGGGAUUCACCCUGUCUGUAGCUGGGGCAUACAGACACUGACAGCUCCUUGACUCUCCAUGCUUUGACACCUUCUCACACAUGGCCUUCACCCAGAGAAGUUGGGAAAUCUGCUGUGGGAAUAACUAGACAGCUGCGGUUUGACAGGUCCUUGCUGUCUUCAGGUUUUGUCUGUAUCCAGCAUAACCCACCAUGGCUGCCUGCAGUUUGACACGCUCUUAUAUUAAAAUUGUCACUCAGGGUACCCCCGUGUUGGAAAUUCCCUUUGGUUUUCUUUGGUUGAAUCAGUUUUAUUUUAUAUUUGUAAGGGGAUGGAUUUACUCUCAUCAAGGAAGAAAUCACGGUAAAGAACAGUUUAUCUUUGUUUACAAACCUUGGGAGUUGUCACACCUAGCUGGUUUCUUUGGUAUGCUAUUUUAGUGUAACAAUACUAAAUUGGAGGAAAAUAUCUUCCCUUUGCUUUAGGCAAUAAAAUACUUUCUUUGUUCUAGAACCAGGAAGCCUUUAUACAUAACACUUUUUUUUUUUUUUUUUUUUUUGUGGACAGAACUUGGUGGCUGCCUUUGCCCUGUAGCAAACAACGACAACAACAAACCCCCAAAGGGAUCACUAAGCAUUUGCACAUCUCUAUUGAUUGUGUUUUAUAUCCAGAAUUCCAGGAAAUCAUUUUGCUGAAUAUGUAUCCAGACAUUCCAGAUCAAUUUAACCUUAAAUAUUACCCCUACUCCAUGCAUGUAAAGUUUGCCAGCAUUUUAACCACUGUGAACAAGCCUUGGUCCAUGGGAGAGAUCAGGAUGCCAGCGAUGGACCCAGAAAUUCUAUGAAGCAGAGUGUGGUACACAGAAGGACACAAACAUUUGAAAAAUAUUGUGCUGCCUCCUUCUGCCUACUGUGCUGUCUGAGGAGAGGCCUGCUGUCAUUUGAAUUGUUUUCCAGAACACUGGAGGCAAGGACGUGAAAUGGAGGCCUCGGUGAUAUUGCCCAUCCUGAAGAAGAAGCUGGCCUUCCUUUCAGGAGGAAAGGACAGACGCAGUGGACUCAUCUUGACAAUUCCAUUAUGCCUUGAACAGACAAAUAUGGAUGAGCUGAGUGUCACUCUGGACUAUCUACUCAGCAUUCCAAGUGAGAAAUGUAAGGCCAGAGGAUUCACUGUGAUCGUGGACGGCAGGAAGUCUCAAUGGAACGUGGUGAAGACAGUGGUCCUAAUGCUGCAGAACGUUGUUCCAGCUGAGGUAUCCCUUGUUUGUGUAGUGAAGCCAGAUGAAUUCUGGGAUAAGAAAGUAACACAUUUUUGUUUUUGGAAAGAAAAGGAUAGACUUGGCUUUGAGGUUAUUUUAGUGUCUGCCAAUAAGCUGACUCGAUACAUAGAGCCCUGCCAGUUGACAGAAGACUUUGGUGGGAGUCUCACCUACGAUCACAUGGACUGGCUAAAUAAGAGGCUGGUCUUUGAGAAGUUUACAAAGGAGUCUACAUCAUUGCUAGAUGAACUCGCUCUGAUUAACAAUGGAAGUGACAAGGGGAAUGAGCAGGAGAAGGAAAGGUCCGUGGAUUUAAACUUUCUUCCAUCUGUUGAUCCUGAGACAGUUCUUCAGACAGGGCAUGAGUUGUUAUCUGAAUUACAGCAGCGUCGAUUUAAUGGCUCUGAUGGAGGGGUCUCCUGGUCUCCUAUGGAUGACGAACUGCUCGCACAGCCACAGGUUAUGAAGUUGUUAGACUCACUCCGGGAGCAGUAUACGCGCUACCAGGAGGUCUGCAGGCAGCGCAGUAAGCGCACACAGUUAGAGGAGAUCCAGCAGAAGGUGAUGCAGGUUGUGAACUGGCUUGAAGGGCCUGGGUCUGAGCAACUGAGAGCACAGUGGGGCAUUGGUGACUCCAUCAGGGCAUCCCAGGCCCUGCAACAGAAGCAUGAGGAGAUCGAGAGCCAGCACAGUGAGUGGUUUGCAGUGUACGUGGAGCUCAACCAACAGAUCGCAGCGCUCCUGAAUGCCGGAGAUGAGGAAGACCUUGUGGAGUUGAAGUCCCUGCAGCAGCAGCUCAGCGACGUCUGCUACCGGCAGGCCAGCCAGCUAGAAUUUAGGCAGAACCUCCUGCAGGCAGCUUUGGAGUUUCAUGGUGUGGCCCAAGAUUUGUCUCAGCAGUUGGACGGCUUAUUAGGGAUGUUGUGCGUAGACGUAGCACCAGCUGAUGGAGCAUCGAUUCAGCAAACUUUAAAACUGCUUGAAGAGAAGCUGAAAAGUGUUGAUGUGGGAUUGCAAGGCUUACGAGAAAAAGGUCAAGGUCUCCUGGAUCAGAUCUCCAAUCAGGCUUCCUGGGCCUAUGGAAAGGAUGUAACAAUUGAGAAUAAAGAAAACGUGGACCACAUACAAGGAGUGAUGGAAGAUAUGCAACUUAGGAAACAAAGAUGUGAGGACAUGGUAGACGUGCGGAGGCUGAAGAUGCUUCAGAUGGUGCAGUUGUUUAAAUGCGAAGAGGAUGCUUCACAGGCAGUAGAAUGGCUAAGUGAACUUCUGGAUGCCCUGUUGAAGACCCAUAUCAGAUUGGGUGAUGAUGCUCAGGAAACAAAGGUUUUACUGGAAAAACACAGAAAAUUUGUGGAUGUUGCACAGAGCACUUACGACUAUGGCAGACAGCUGCUGCAGGCCACAGUUGUGCUGUGCCAGUCUCUGCGCUGUACUUCCCGAUCCUCAGGGGACACGCUUCCUCGACUGAACAGAGUGUGGAAGCAGUUCACGGUAGCCUCUGAAGAGAGAGUGCACAGGUUGGAAAUGGCUAUUGCCUUCCACUCGAAUGCUGAAAAGAUUUUGCAAGAUUGCCCAGAAGAGCCUGAAGCAAUGAACGAUGAGGAGCAGUUUGAGGAAAUUGAAGCAAUUGGAAAAUCACUUCUGGAUAGACUCACUAUCCCCGUCGUUUACCCGGAUGGAACUGAACAAUAUUUUGGAAGUCCAAGUGACAUGGCUUCUACUGCAGAGCACAUCAGAGACAGAAUGAAACUGGUCAGUCUCAAAAGGCAGCAGCUGAGACAUCCUGAAAUGGUGACCACGGAGAGCUAAUGCCCCAGCUCCCACAGAUCUGCAGGUCAUGUGCCCACACAUCUUUGCUGUUGGUAUACUACGGAGUUAGCCACAGCUCAUUAAGAUGCAUUUCACAGCAGGAUAAGCCUCCUUUCUUCCCACAACACGUCUCUCUCUAAAUGCUAACAUUUCUCGACUACCAAGGCAUAAUCACAUAACAUGCUUUGAGACUGUAGACUCCUGGUAUCGUAAAAGAAGGAGCUGUAACCACGCACUGAGUCUUUGUUUUCACGCUGUUCCUGAUCUGUCAGUUUGUAGACGACAGCCCAUACUAAGCUUUGAAUGGUGCUAAUCAGAGUUUAGGAAUUCGCUACAAACCAUGGCUGCCCUUCCUCCCCAGGUGAUGUAGAUAUUUAGACUAUAGUUAGACUGUUAGUGAAUAGUGGUAUCCUCAAAACUUUACUUUGUAAUUCUUCAAAAUUGAUUAUUUUUAUUGUCUAUAUGAAGAAAACCCUUCAGAUCUUUGAUAUAUCAUAUUCAUUGAAAGACAUUUUCCUGUUGUAUUCAUAAUGUAUUAAAAGUUGUUUGUGCUUAAUAAAAAUCUUCUUUAAACAUCUUAUUUAAUUUGGUAGUUACAUCCUGAUUCUAAACACGAGUGCCUUAUUAGAGGGGCAUUCUUAGGAUUGUAAGGACGGGUUAAUCAUUGUUUUUGAUCGUGGCUGCAUGUAUUUUAGGCAAGAGUUUCAUAUGUAUGCAUGUGUAUAUAAUAAACAGCAUGUUUAUUGUGAAGAACAGUUUAGACCUUUAAAAACAUAAUAACAGAAUACCAUUUUAAUUUUUCUCUUGAAAAAUGGUGUCCAAAAUAUUAACUACCCUGAAGACACUUUGUCUGUGGGGAAGGAGGGCUAAAGAUGAAGGUAUGCAUACUUAAUUCAUUGUAAUCUUUUAUAUCACAGUAAUCAGCCUGGAACUAAAGCAGAAAUUGUUAAUAAUAUUGAAUAUCUCAUGAUAGUAAGAGGCAAGAACCAUCCUGAAGAAGUAUAGUCACAAAAACUGUACAGACCUUUAGAAAUAAAAUUUGUCAUAAAAUGGUAAUGCUUUUAUGUUUAUAAAAGUUAUUAAGUUAUAAAAUGUAUAUACUUUAAUAUUAUGUCAAUUAUAAUUUUAGAAAAUAUUUAAGGUGAAAAAUAACUGGGCUUAUCAGUACAAAAUUAUGCAAGGAUUGUAUGCAGAUUUAUUUUUCCGGUCUGUAGAGAUGCUCAUGUACCCUCCUAUGCUAAAGCCAGUUUCUCCAGCCUUCUCCUGUGCCAGCCUUGAUGAAUUCCAUCCGUCCUUCAUCCCUCACUCUGUGACACCUUUCAGUCAACUUUACACCUCACCUUAUAGGAAACUGUCCUUUUGAAAAUCAGCCAUAGUCUGCCGACUCCCAAAUCGAAUGCUUUUGCUCUCUGACACAUCACCUCCCUUCCCCUGUUUCUAGCUUCUCCCCAACAGUGUUCCAUCCCUAGACGAUGCUCUCUCCUGCCACAUGAGGGCGUAGUCUGGGAUUCGUUUAACUAGGUUUGUUGCACAUGUGUACUGUGCUGCUGUCCUCAGCUCUGUCUCAUUAGGCAUCCCAUCCCUCGUGCCCUGCAUUUCACGUCUGAUCCGAUCUGAAAUGCAUGGCUUCAGCUGACUCCCUGUCAUUUCUACCCAAAUGAAAGAUACAUCAUACUUGCCUUUUCUUCCUGGAGUAGUUUUGACUAAUGGUGCCAUGAUGUCCAGGGUAAAAAUCCAACUGCUCCCCAUGUCUUACACUGCCUCUGAGACCGUCCAGAAGUUCUUUCUAUACUUGAUAACCCUCCUUCAGGGCUUUCCUCCUGUGCGUAGGAGCUCCUCUGAUUCCUCCGUUAGUCUUCAUGAUGGUGCUACCUCUUUCCUGUUACAUCAUAAUGUCCUCAAGGGGGCUGACUCUUGUCCCACAUGUUUUGUGCCUAGACCUUUGCUCGUGUGUAACAUGCUGGGUCCUACACCCUCGUUCCUUUGUAAGCAUUAGUAAUAAUCUCCCACUAGUAUAGUCUGAGGUGUUUAAACAGUGCUUUUCCCUAGAGUUGGUACUGGCUUGUAAUCUGCUUCCAUGGAGUGUGUCUGAGGUUUUAGACCCUGAGACAUGUAACUUUUAGAUGUUUGCUUCUUUAGAGUCAGUAUCGAUUUCUUCUUGACGGGUUUCAGCGUCGUCAGCAUUUUUAUUGGAGUUAGUAAUUCUUCCAUCAGCUCAUAGAUGCAUAAUUUCAAAGGAGUUAGUUUUCAUAUACCUUAAGCUCUCUUUCCAGCAAAUUUAAAGUAAGACAAAAUAUGGAAAUGCCAUGUAUGAUUCAAAGAGUUAAAUGAAACUAGAUACACGGAAUGAACAUAGGUACUCUUCUUUUGCAUGUGUAGACGCCUUUUCUCUGUGUGUGUCUUUAUAGAUACACAAGCGUUAUGAAUAACCCAGCAAUGCCCCAAACUGACCUUCCUCAUGUGGUCACAGUUCACUCAGAGGACACAUGAAGGAUGUGACUUCAGUUUGUUUAAAAUCCCAGGCUUUGUUAUAUUAAUGCUGACAUUGACCUACAAAUGUCAUUAAAAAGAAACACUUCCUUUUUACUGGUUCAGUGCCACAGCCCCUGCAUAAUUUUAGAUUUUAGCCCUUCCUGACAUGUUAGCCAUAACUGACAUGUUAGCUGGGUAACUUCUGUGCCUGGCCUUUUUUUUUUUUUUUUUUUUUUUUUGGCCCAUGCCUCUCUUUGUUCCUGUGUAAACUCAGCAGACAAAGGCAAUCCGAUGUCUUCUCUUAGUACAUAUCUGACUCGGCAGAGCCGUGAUGCAAGGAUGAUAACUUCCUCUGAGACCAGUUUGGCUGUAUUCCCAGGUCUCAUCGUUUCGACCUUAUGUUACAUGUUAGUGGUACUGGUGAGAGCUCAGCCUGUUAGCUGCCAUUCAGUAUAGCAGAGUGAGCUGGAUCUCGUCCUCUCUGGGGUUUAAAGUGGCUCGUGAAUGUUACCUACUCUCGAUGUGUCUGCCGCAGCCUUACUCUCAGUUGAUGUGUGUUAUGCUGUUAGUGUUGUGACUCAUUCUCAGUGAGAACAGGACAAGCAAAUCUAUUUUCUCAUCCAAACCCCUUUGCAUGCUGUGGUAUGGUCGCUAGGUUGGGUGAAUGUAUCCCGCUGCACACUGUACUUUGGUAGAGACCAUCAGAUUUCUUUCAUAUGCUAGAAGUUCUUGUCAGAAGAGAGUGUGUGUUCUUACACCCUGUACCCAAAGCACACUGAGUCAUAAUAAAAACAUGAUGACUGCUAAAACGUGACGAUGCCGUAGCUGACGCAGUGCUGUAGAUCUUGAGUUGUAGAGAAGGUAUAGGCUGAUGUAAGCGUCCAUACACAGGGUAUUAUCCACACCAAGACUUGCGCAAGGGUGCUCUCUCUGAUUAAGCACCCAAAGGAAAAGCUCUUAGGAUGUAAAAAGAUGGCCUGAAGAAAGCCAGACAGCACCAGUGUUAACUUUCAAUUCUGGACAAACUGAGAGCAGAAAGUAUCUUCUUAAAUGUAGCUGAUAAAUAUCUUGGAGAAACAAAGUGAAUACCAUCUGGUACUCCUUGAUUUCUCAGAAUCACUAUAUGUCAGUGAAUAGCCCUGAGACUCUAAAAUAUAAAAUGCACAAGUCACCAAUUUCAAUGACAAAAUGUAAUAAUUUACAGAAGUAUUGAAAACUGAAGGGACAUAUACAGUGGACGGUAUCAUUGCUAUAAUCUUUUUCAGAGUAGAAAAUAGUGUUUAAUCUUGCUCUGUCUCAAGUGACAUUCAUGGAGUAGUACAGAGGACAGACACACUGUUUAUCCCCUCUGCUCCGUACCCCUGUCUUCACCCUCACUCCUCACCCCUACCCCAGCUCCCACAGCACUAGCUCCUUCGUCCCAAUGUUCUUCACCUCGGUCCCCAUCUCCCCAGUGGAUAAGGAAAUGUACAUGCAGAUUACGUCCUGAGGGUAGAGCUGUUAAAGCUGACCAGUCCCCUGCUGUGGGAAGAUGAUAGAACAGGAAGAUAGAAGACAAGACACAAAUGCCAUCUAUGUUGUGUUUGACAGGGCAUGAGACAACUCCGUUUACUCCAUUAGUUAACAAGCCAAGUAAGACAUGGCUGGAGUGUAUUAAGAAAGGAACAAGCUAUAAAAAUAAGAGCAUCCAUCUGAGGAAAUUUGUAGGAUCUCCCAAUACUGAGGUAGACAUGAUCUGAGACAACCAUUAGUGCUGGCUUUGGUUGGAGAAGAGGCAGUUGGCAAACUCAGGCAGUGAAGGUAAUGGGUGCAACUGGUCCUGUAAUGCGCUUAGGCGUGACGGUGUGCCAUGACAGCCCCGGUCUGUGCUGUUGAUGCCCAGUGUAACUUAAUGCUGCAGCGGUAGUUAAAAGCAACCUUGAGAAUAAACACCAGUCUGCACACUCGAGGAAGAGGCAGAGCCUGUGCUAGGACAUGGAGAUCUUCAAGAGAACAAGACAGCCAGCACUGAAACUAAAUAUUUUGAUUGCUGGUGAAUAAAUGUCUCAUAGAUUCAAGAUUAUUUUUGUAAGAAGUCUUAAUGAGACAAGAUGCAGUACAUAAUUCUUCUAUGUCAUGAUACAGGAAUUCCAAACAUGGCUAAACAUAGUUACUGUCACGUGUUAAAAGCAGAGCUGUGAGGGUUUGCGGAGAGACAUGUGAACAGUGUGUGGAGGGCGUUCACCCUUGAGGCUGGUUCCUGCUGCAUCUUGACGAGUGUUCGCAAGUCCAGUGCAGAGUCCUCAGGGUGACUGCAGAGGCCUCCCUCUGGAGGUUGGGGACGAUGCCUGCCCACUGAGCCUACAAGCAUCACUGAGUCUUUCACAUCUUAUUUUCCUGACCGUUUCAGUUUAUAAGACAGAGCACAGCCAUUCUUUUUUUUUUUUUUUUUUUUUUUUUUGGUUCUUUUUUUCGGAGCUGGGGACCGAGAGCACAGCCAUUCUUACGAUUGUUUUGUCUCUGAAAAGUGUGUCUGCACCUUCGCUCCGGCGUUAGUCUUCUCAGCCAGUGAAGUCGCUCGGAGAACAACAUCAGGGUGGACGUCAUUCUUCAGGGUUGUGAGAGGAUCAAAGUGUCACUCGCGUGGUUUUGAGUAGCUUUAGGACCCGCGUUGCUCACCUCACACUCUGAAGAGAAACUUAAUUUUCUAAAUUGGCACAUAGUAUUUGGUCAUUAUAAUGUUGUAAGAGCAUUUGGGGGAAGUACAUGUCAAAACUUUUGUUUCUCAGUUUUAUUAUAAAAAUUUUAAGUCUAUAAAAUUUAAAAUUGCGCCGCAUCCUCACCCCCUCAGCAUUAGUUAUGCUUGCGCGGUCACAUGCGCGGCCGUAUGUCUAUCCAUCCAGAUUAUUUUCUGAUGAGUCUGAAACUGCGGAUCUCCACAUGCUCUCGUCUAAAUACUUGAGCACAUUUCUCACACUAGCAAGGUCUCCACUUGCUGCCUUUGGCAUAAGCUUGCAUUCAUGACGUGGAUGUGCUCAGAACAUUCCCGUGCUCUGUUUCCAUAAUUACGUGGCGCGCUAUAGAAAGGGGCAUCUACCACUCUGGAAAGUUCUCCUUCUCACACCUCACUGUCCCCAGAUGACAAGCACUGUUCUUCCUCUCUACUGUAAGUUGGCUUGUUCCAUUUUAGAACUUAUUUUAAUUGACAUCACACAUCAGGUCUUCUUCACUACCGUAAUAUUUGGGAGAUUUAUUCGUGGACUUGGCGUAUUAUUAAUUCAUCCCUAUUUUAUUGCUAAGUGAUGUCCUCAUGAUUGUAUAUUGCCACUUGUUUUCCUAGUUUCCUAUUGGCUAACUGGGCUGUUUCCAGGACUGCCAAUUAUGAAGAGAACUGCAAUGAUCGUUAUUAGGAACAUCUGUAUGAAUAUAGUUAUCCAUUUGCUCAUGAGUAAAUACAUAUUUAGGAUUGCUGGCUUGUAGGGUGGUUUUAAAAAGAAACUACCAUUCUUUUUCCCAGUGUGGUUGUUCUGUACCCUGAUUUUUAUAUUUUGGGUAUGUAAAAAGUUGUAAAAAUUUUUUUCUGAUUCCCAUGUUGAAAUAGAGAAGUUGGGGUUAGAAAUGAUAUCGCUCAUAUUUGAAUGUGGUAGUUGGCAUUCAAGGGGAAGGGAUGCUGUCUGUCACAGAACAGCUCCCGAAAGCGGUGCCUCAGACGUGAAAUUUUAGAAUAGGCUCCACUCUGUGAGAGGUUAGGCUCUAAGCAUGCUGAUUUAUUAGCUAGAAGAAACAGCACUAGCUCAAUUAUGUUACAUUUACCACCCACUUUCAGUAAGUAAAGUAAGACACAUCACUGAGUAGUAAAGAACACUUUAUGAGGGAAUCGGAGGGGGGCAGAAAACAAAAACAAAACCAAGAACAUGAACAGGAGUCGGUUCCUGGUACUACAGCGUGAGAAAGACACCUGUGCAGGGGAGUGCCCUGUGGUGGUCAGGAAAGCAGACAACCGGAUGGGAAGAACUCUACCUCAUAGUUUACAUAGCUGAUAGGUAUGUUUUGUAGACAUUUUAGCCUUUAAGUGUCUUCAUCUUUUCAGCCCAACUUUGUUAGUUUUGUACUUGGGUGACUUUUUUCUACUGUGUGUUAUCCUCAUCUUCUGUUCUAUUAAACAAUACCCACCUGUGAAAUUAUGAUCAUAUAUUAUGUUUCCAGUACCCAUGUUCAAUACCCAUGUGUGACUUAUCUAACCUUUCCUAUAGGAUUUUUAAGGGCUGGGAAAUUUGGCUUCUACUGUGUAUCCUUAUGUGCCCACAUUGUAAAUAUGCAAUAAAACCAUAAAAAUACAAUGACAGCAGAUUUUCAUAUGUAUUUCUUGGCCAUGUUGUUAUCUGACAAGUUUGAUUUCUGUAAAUAAAGAUUGUUCAUAAAAA